UCGGUAAUCGAGUUGUGGAAGGGGGAACACAACAUAACAAACAAUUUUGUGUGUUGGUUUUUUUAAAACAUGAAGUCUUCAAUGAAAUGUGCACUGUAGUCCUUUGAGGAUGCGUCUGCGCCGCCGUUCGUGGCAACGUAAAAUGCGGCGCGCCAUCGAGCAGCUGAGGAUGCAGUCCCGCCGCAAGCUGUCGCAUCUGCUGUCGGUGCUUGGGGGGCUGUUCCUGUUGUUGUGGCUGGCUGGCAGUCUGAUGUCUGCAUCCGAGGACAUCGAGAUAAGCGAUAGCAGCACCCCCUGCACUCCCAUCGACGUGGUCUACACUUGGGUGAACGGCUCGGAUCCGAAUUUCAUCGAGGCCAUCAAGCAGUAUGACCCGAACUAUGAUCCCUCGCGAUUUGACGAUAAGAAUGAGCUGCGGUACUCUCUGCGCUCGCUGGAGAAGCACGCCAGCUGGAUACGCCACGUGUACAUUGUGACCAAUGGCCAGAUACCCAACUGGCUGGAUCUCAGCUACGAGCGCGUCACAGUGGUGCCCCACGAGGCGCUGGCCCCCGAUCCGGCACAGCUGCCCACGUUCUCCAGCGCGGCCAUUGAGACAUUCCUGCAUCGCAUUCCGACGCUCUCGAAGAGAUUUCUGUACUUAAACGACGACAUAUUUCUGGGUGCGCCGCUAUUUCCGGAAGAUCUGUACACGGAGGCUGAGGGUGUGCGCGUCUAUCAGGCCUGGAUGGUGCCCGACUGCGCCUUGGACUGCCCCUGGACGUACAUAGGAGAUGGCGCCUGUGACCGGCAUUGCAACAUCGAUGCAUGUCAGUUCGAUGGCGGCGACUGCAGCGAUACGGAGCAGCCAGAUGCCUCCCACGUUGUCAUGCACAGCCAGGAGACGCACGAGGAGGAAGCAGCGCCCCCACCCACAAUGCACAAAUUCCCACAAAUGGGUCUGCAGAAGCUGAUCAAGCAGAGCUCCUCGAACUUCAAGGAUGUCAUGCGGCACCGCAACGUCUCCACUCUCCUCGAGCUGCGACGCAUUGUGGAGCGCUUCAACAAGGACAAGCUUAUGUCACUCAAUGCCGAGAUGGAGGACGGCAGCACGGCGCUGCCAACGAGCCAGAGGAAUGUGCUGCACAAGGAGGAUUUCAAAUCCUCCACUGACAUCUAUUCGCACUCGCUGAUUGUCACGAAUAUGCUGCUGAAUCGAGCCUAUGGCUUCAAGGCACGCCAUGUGCUGGCUCACGUAGGCUUCCUGCUGGACCGCGACAUUGUGGCAGCUAUGCAGCAGCGCUUUCCGGAGCAGGUGCUGGCCACGGCACAUCAGCGCUUCCGCACGGCCACCGAUCUGCAGUACGCCUUCGCCUAUUACUCUUUUCUCAUGAGCGAGACGCAGCUGCUGAGCGUGGAGGAGAUCUUCGAUGAGUUCGACACGGAUGCCUCUGGGACCUGGUCGGACCGCGAGGUGCGCACAUUCCUCACACGCAUGUAUGCCCCGCCGCUGGACUGGUCGGCCAUGCACUACUUCGAGGAGGUUGUUCAGAAUUGCACCCGCGCCUUGGGGCUGUUCGUCACGCCUGAUCCCGUGGUGCACUCAACGUUGGUGUACGAACGCUACGAGGACUCCAAUCUGCCAACAAUUACGCGGGCACUGGUCGCUAGCUGUCCCCUGCUGGCCGAGGCGCUCACUUCCAAUUUUGGGAUGCGCUCCAGAUAUCGCUACAACAUCAGUCCCAAGCGCUCGCUGCACAGCAACUUUAUGAUGCUCACCUCGAAUCUCACGGAGGUUGUGGAGUCCCUGGACAAGAUGCGUCGCAAUCCGCGCAAGUUCAAUUGCAUCAACGACAAUCUGGAUGCCAGGCGGCCGGAGGACAACGAUCUGGUGCGCCAUCUGCUCGAGGACUUUUAUCUCUCCUUCUUCCCGCGUCGCAGCAAGUUCGAGUUGCCGCCACAGUUCCGCAAUCGCUAUGAAUCCUGGCGCGACUAUCAGCGAUGGCGUCGCCGCAAACGCGCCGUUCUCGUCGUGGGCUACGGCGUCAGCCUGCUGCUGAUCAUCUUCCUGCUGCGUUUUAUGUGUCUGCACAAGGCCAAGUUUGUGAGGCGUUGUGUGCAGCGACUGUAGACUGUGGAGUGGAGUGUGUUCUCUUUUGUAAUGUGAUAAGUUGUAACCUUUGAGAUAUUGGCCAUUUCUGCAUGCAAUCAUAGUCAAAUUUAGUUGUAGGUCAAGCCAAGUGCAAGGCUAUUUUUUCUAGUUGUUUAAGCGCAAAAUGGAGGCUUACCGGUGAGGCUAGUAAACUGGCAAUGAAUGUGUUCUCAAGCAGUCGAAAAUAGAAGCUAAAUAUUAAAUACUUUAAUUCCAAA